AGAUAUCAUAUCGCUUCUACUAGUAUGCCAACUCCCUCUCCUCAGAGUAGAGCUUGCUUGACCGGCAGGACAUUGGGUGUUAUGAUACUAGUGCUGGUGAAUGUCUUGUGGGUUUUGUCGUCUGAGGUCACUAGAUUCAUUUUCAUCGACGAAAACUUCAGAAGGCCAUUUUUUACAGCAUAUGUGAAGACAUGCAUGCUCACAAUAUAUAUGGUGCGAUUUCUGGUGUUUGAAAAGCCACAGCAGCAUGUGUAUAAAGUUCUCGAAAAUGAUGCUUCCGAUUGCGAAUCCAUCGAUCUUGGUCAUCACUCUAACUUGAGCGUGGAAGGUUUUGAGACAAUGACAUCUGACUCUGAAAAUGAUGCUGAGAGGGAGUUGGAUGUAACGCGAAGUGUUCGUUUCGCUGAACAUAGAGAGGUACGACGUAUGCCAUCGAGCGAAGCAACUGAAGCUCACGAGGCUCGGCUUCCUUAUUCCCCACCACUAAUAGACUGCUCGCUUUCUAUAAAUCUUCCGGAGCAUAUCAAACAUACUGUGUUUUUCUUUGCUCCAAUGUGGCUGGUGUGUACAUUUACAUAUCAAACGGCUUUACUAUUCACAUCUGUCUCUUCGCUGAAUUUGAUUUCUUCAUCGUCUUCUCUAUUUGUACUAGUCUUUCUGAUCUGCUUUCCCACGGCUACAUCGAGAUUCAGCCUUAUAAAGGCUUUACUUGUUGCUAUGAACUUGGGAGGGGUCCUUGUUGUUUCACAGUUUUCCGCCUCUCUCAAAGGAGCAGUUUUUGCACAGUUAUCUGCAAUAUCCUACGCUUUGUACAUAACUUUGUACACCAGAUACCAAGAAAGAAAUGGCGAAAUAAGCAUCAAUCUUAUGUUUGGAGGGCGAGAUAUUGAAGGAAGUGUUUUGGAUCAUCGUUUGGAAUCCUUUCGGAGAACAUGCAUCUCUUCUGAGAACGUCGGGUCUAUUGGUCUGCUGUCUGUAGUGGCCGGAACGCCACUGCUUUUUGCACUUGACGCCUUCGACGUUGAGAAGCUUCACCCGUUUCCUGAUGGCGAACAAGUGCGAUCCGUCCUUCUUUCCGCUGUUCUUGGUACACUUCUUGGCGACUACCUUUGGCUGACCGCUGCUGGACUAACUGACUCACUGUCGGCGUCACUCUCACUGACGUUGGCGAUUCCAUUUUCUUUCCUAGCCGACACUUUGAUUCGAGCCCAACCACCUUCUAUGGUUCAACUUUUUGCUGCCAUCCCGAUUACCUUGUCCUUCAUCGGAGCAGCCGUGUUGGACCAUAGGAGCUCACCAACUCGAGCUUCUGAAACGACUCGGUCAUCAGAUGGAGAAGAUGAAGCUUCACUUUUGAAUGAGGAGACUAUGCAAUAG